CGCCGGCCGCGCGCCAUGGACGAAACACGAGUUCGCGACCGCGCGCCUCUCACCGUGAUAGUGGCACCAAGCCAUGUAUCGCCACCAAGACUAUCUCCAGCAGACCUUCUCCCCGACGGUGAUGCAGCUUUCCAUCCGCUAUCAGCCGUCAACGGUCGACUCACACCCCCAGGACUCGAGCCAGCGUCGUACGCCACACUAACGCCGUUGCUACCUUUACCUCCGAUCAGCACAGUUUCAGACAAAUUUGCAUACCAUGCGGGAGGCACAUUUACCGUCAUCCAACAACAACAAUCAUAUGCUUCUCUAUCACCCGCGCCAUAUAAUGAACCUUUGUCUCCACAAUCGGCAUAUAGCAGACGGAGUGCGUCCCCGAAUUCAUUUGAAAGGCGGUCCCCCACCCCUCCGUUGCCGAGCCCGGGCUUGGACCUGAAUGCGGCUCUCCUAGCGAGGGAGGAACAAGCCCAACAACAGUCUCAGAAUGAUACGGAGGAGAUUAAUACAAAAGAGCUAGCUCAAAGGAUAAGUGGAGAGUUGAAGAGGUAUUCUAUCCCUCAGGCGAUAUUCGCGCAGAGGGUGCUUUGUCGGUCGCAGGGGACGCUAAGUGAUCUGCUACGAAACCCUAAGCCAUGGUCAAAGCUCAAGUCUGGCAGGGAGACGUUUAGGCGAAUGUGGAAAUGGCUACAAGAGCCCGAAUUUCAAAGAAUGUCAGCGUUAAGGCUAGCAGCGGCCCAGAUCCCGCAGAGAGGCAGUUGCAAACGCAAGGAGGAUAUGGGUUCGGAUAUUCUGCCUUCCCCGAAGAAGCCGCGUUUGGUUUUCACAGACCUCCAGCGGCGUACUCUGCAAGCUAUUUUUAAGGAAACAAAGAGGCCGUCAAAAGAAAUGCAAGUGACGAUAGCGAGGCAACUCGGCUUAGAACCGACGACAGUUGGUAACUUCUUCAUGAAUGCGCGCAGAAGAUCAAUGGACAAAUGGAAAGACGAUGACGCUCCAUCCACGGAACUGGAUCAGCAAUGCGAGGCCCAGGAUCUAGACCACAUGCCGAGUCUAGACUCAGCGGAGUCGGAGGAAGAUCACGACGACCACGACGACCAUCUUUUGUGACGCCCUAUCCCCCAGCAGCAUUUGUUAGUGCUAUGAGAAGAAACAGGAGUUGUCGCAAAUUUCGAAUGUUCAAGCUAUAUGUGUUGAGAUACAUAUUAAUUUACAACUUUUAUUGAU